AGAGCGGAGCCACCAGAUUUUGAUAAAAUAAAAUUUACAAAAGAUUAAUUUGAACAGAAAUACCGUGACCCUGUAAAAAAUGUUCACAGAUUUUAUUUAGUCGCUUUGCGGUCCACGCCUUGUAAUCUCUGUUUCUAUGGCUCUCAAUUUUGCCAAGCGCAGGUAUGUUGUUGGAAUGAUACGCAAAGACUAUGGAACUGCACCACCAACCAGAUGAAGUAGAAGCUUGAGUUGCACCGGAAACCAGCACACUGACCAUGGAGCGGAAGCUUGAUCAGCAACAUCCUCGGGCGGGUGAGCCGAUUCAUUUCUUGAAAUUCAGGUGCUACCCGUCUAAUCUCAUCCCCCACUUUGUUCUCUUCGCCUUUGGCAUCACUCUUGGUGUCCUUGCCAGCUUUCAGAUCCCUACCUACCUUCCCAUUUUGAAUCGAGCAGUAACAGCUUCUAACCUAUUUCCUCUCAACGUUUCUGCAAAUAAUCCCCCCCUCUGCGAUCAGAUUCACGGCAAAAACUCUUCACGUUCUCCUCCCUGUCAUGUUUGUAACGUAACAAUUAGCAGACCCAAUUGCAGCGCCACAAGAUCACAGCCCUCGUUAGAUGAACAACAGUGCAGAUCUUCUCGAACCAGACUUGAUCACACUGCCUGUGUUAAUGAUUCAGAGCACACGAAUUCUUCGAGGCAUUCGGAUAGCAUGAACACAGAAGUGGGCGCAGGUGAACUCAGGGAAUGGAUACGGCCUCCUUCUGUGAUGCAUGGAAUGAGUGAUGAGCAACUUUUGUGGAGGGCGUCCAUGGUUCCCAAGGUGGAAGAGUAUCCAUUUAAGAGGGUCCCCAAGGUUGCCUUCCUCUUCUUGACAAGGGGACCUCUUCCCUUAGCACCUCUGUGGGAGAGAUUCUUCAAGGGAAAUGAUGGUAAGUACUCAAUUUAUAUUCAUACCAGACCCUCCUACAAUGGAUCAGCCUCUCAGCAAUCGGUUUUCCAUGGAAGAAGAAUACCAAGCAAGAAAGUAACGUGGGGAAAUCUCAACAUGGUAGAAGCGGAGCGCCGCCUACUCGCGAACGCGCUGCUCGACUUCUCGAACCAGAGGUUCGUGCUCGUGUCCGAGUCGUGCAUCCCCAUCUUCCCGUUCUUCGUCGUCUACGACUACCUCAUCAACUCGAGCCAGUCCUUUGUUGAGAUAUACGAUGAUCCGAGUCUGUCCGGCCGCAGCCGGUACAGCGAUCGAAUGUACCCCGUCAUCAAGCGCCGGCAAUGGCGAAAAGGGUCGCAGUGGUUCGAGAUGGAUCGGAAGCUCGCCGUGGAGAUCGUCGGAGACAGGAAGUAUUUCAGGGAGUUUGUUAAGAUCAAGGGACGCCGGCAUCGUUGCCCGGACGAGCAUUACAUUCCGACGAUGGUGAACAUAGAGUUCGGGGCCUGGAAUUCGAACAGGAGCGUGACCUAUGUGGACUGGUCUGCGGACAAGGCUCACCCAGCCACGUUUAAGCGGUGGGACGUGACCGCUGACUUGAUGAAGAGACUGAGAGGUGGAAGCCAGUGCAUUUAUAAUGGGGAAUUGACAUCUGUCUGCUACCUGUUUGCUAGGAAGUUCCACCCUGAUGCUUUGGAUAGACUGAUGAAUUUGGGACACAAGGUCCUUGGAUUUUAGAGAGAUUGAUUCUUUUUGUAUUGAUCUGAAAAAAGCUAACAGAAGAUUCACUUACCGCAUUCGUUGCAGUAAGGAUUGUACAUAAAGAAAUGACCUAAGAUCAAAGAGAGAGAGGGAGAGAUUGUGAUUUUGACUGUUAGUCUGGAAACCCAGACUUAUGUAAUCAUCAAAAUUUUUAUGAAGACAAGUUUCACUCUGGCAGGUGAA